GAGUAGCUAUUUACAGAGCCGGAGAAGAUGAAUUUGUAGAAUACAAAUUCAAAGCAUUUCACUCCGAAUUGAUCGAAGAAAUUUGGGAAAAAGCGAUAGCAUUAAUCAUUGGAAGAUUUGCGAUAGAAAAUGAUAAACUAAAUAUAACUAUUAAUCAGUAUGUCCCUUUAAAUAUUUCCGCACUUGGUAAUAAAGUUAUGAUUUACGAUCUCCCAGUUGCUCUGGCAUUUGGAAUAUUUACAGCACCAGUUCAAGAUCCAGCUGUAACAGAAAAUGAUCAAAGAAUAUUUAGAUUAAAAAGAGAUGUCUACAAUGGAGUAACAGGAAAUCAAUCUCAAAUAUCAAUUUUAUACAAAUACCCUCUUCAUAAUCAACACGCUAAUGUAGCAAAAGCAACAACAUGA